GCCUUAAACCGGGACAAUUCCGGCAUUUCAGUACAAUCGUCAGUUUUUGUAUACUCACUUUGACACGCCGCUUUUAUUAUUGUUUAAAACUUUGGUUUUUUAUCGGUUUUUUUAAGAUGCAAAUUAUUCCUUUGGCUUUUUGUGCGGUAUUGGGUUUAUGGCUCUUGAGCUCGCCGUGUACAUGCAGCUCCCGACAAAAAAUUAAGAUUGUUUUAGCCAUUUUCCUUGACGAUGACGAGUAUGUGGAAGAAACAACGUUUGCAGUAAAGAACACACUGAAAAUUCUCAGGGCCAAAACCACGUAUCAAGUGACUGAGCACAUCAUCAAGUUGAGCAAAGAAAGCUCCUUUGAAGCUGGACAAUUCGUGUGCGACCUGAUUCGCAAUGGAGUGAGUGCAAUAUUCGGUCCAGAAUCGCCAGAAAACAACGAAAUCAUCCAGUCAGUAGCUGCAAGCUUGCAAAUCCCGUACUUCCAGAAUAGUUGGAAUCCUCAAGAAGAAGCAGCCACAUCGGUGUUCAACUUGCGUCCGAACUCGGACGCUUUGUCCCGCGCUUUGGCCGCCCUCGUCCGGGAAAACGACUGGAAAACCUACACAGUCAUGUACGAAAACGAGGACAGUCUUUUGAGGCUCCGAGAGACACUCAAACAGAGGAAACCGAACGAUUUGUCCAUAGCCUUUAUCUGUUUAGGAUCUGGGCCGGAUUAUCGGACGGUGUUGAAACAAAUCAAAAAAACCUUAGAUACGAGGUUCAUAUUGGACUGUAAGGCUGAUCGUAUAUUAGACAUUUUCCGGCAAGCCAAAGAAGUGGGGCUCCUCAAGGAUUACCACAGCUAUAUUUUAACAGAUUUGGAUGCGCAUUCUUUAGACUGGUCAGAGUUCAAUGAAGUGGUUUCAAACAUAUCCAGCAUCCGACUUAUGGAUCAUGAGAGUGACGCUGCAAAGAAUAUAGGAAAACUUUGGAGAAUCGAUCCGAAACGCAUUAAGAUUAGGCGAUCCUUAUUUAAUGAAGAAAACAUCCAAAUACGGAAAAGAGUUAUUUGGAAAUGAUCGAUAUGAAGGCUACGCUUUGGACUUGAUGCACGAAAUCUGCAGUAUUUUAAAUUGCAGUUUUACCAUCGAACUGGUUGCUGAUGGAAAGUAUGGAAACUUCGAUCCAGUGACGAAGGAGUGGAACGGCCUAAUCAGGCACCUUCUGGACCGGAAAGCUGAUCUCGCUGUAUGCGAUUUAACCAUUACCUACGAACGACGAACUGCUGUGGAUUUUACAAUGCCUUUUAUGACUUUAGGUAUAAGUGUGUUGUAUGCGAAAGCAGUUAAAGAACCUCCAGAGCUGCUAUCAUUUGCUCAUCCUCUAAGUUUGGAUGUCUGGCUGUAUAUGGCCACCUCCUACCUGGUGGUGUCGUUGAUUAUAUUUUUAGUGGCCAGGCUCAAUCCGAACGACUGGGAGAAUCCCCAUCCAUGCGACCCCCACCCGGAAGAACUGGAGAACAUUUGGAGCAUCCGCAACUGCUGCUGGCUCACCUUGGGCUCUAUAAUGGCGCAAGGUUGUGAUCUAUUACCGAAGGGCAUAUCUACGAGAAUGGUGACUGCAUCCUGGUGGUUUUUCUCGCUCAUAAUGACUUCGUCUUAUACAGCGAACAUGGCAGCUUUCCUCACCAUGUCCCGCAUGGGACUCAGCAUCGAAAGUGCUGAAGAUUUGGCCACGCAAUCGAAAAUUAAAUACGGUUGUGUAGCCGGUGGUUCCACUUGUUCGUUCUUCGCAAGCACCAACGUCUCGACUUACCAUCAAAUGUGGGUUCAGAUGCAGUCGGCUGAUCCUACCGUUUUCGAGCUGUCGAAUCGAGCAGGAGUAGCGAGAGUUUUGGCCAGCAAACGCCGCUAUGCUUUCUUCAUGGAAAGCACCAAUAUUGAGUAUGAAACGGAAAGAAAUUGCGAACUUGUGCAAGUUGGUGGCCAAAUUGACUCCAAAGGGUAUGGAAUUGCCAUGACUGCCAAUUUCCAGCACAGAAAGUUGUUUAAUGAAGCCAUCCUCAAAAUGCAAGAAAUGGGCGUAUUGCAUCGUUUGAAGAACAAAUGGUGGCGCGAAAGGAACGGAGGUGGAAAAUGCACGGAAGAUAAAACUUUAGCUGAAGACGCUGCAGCUGAGCUCACUUUAGAUAACAUGGGAGGAGCCUUUGUGGUGCUGGGUAUAGGGAUGGUGAUAGCCAUCAUUUUCUCCGCCUGUGAAUUCAUCUGGAUGGUUAAAAAAUUGGCGAUUAACGAACACUUGCCGUUCAAAGUGGCUUUGAGGCAGGAACUGAACUUUGCCUUCAACAUCUGGGAGAGGCAGAAGAAAGUGAAGCAGGCGGCUGCAAGUGGGGCCGGCAGCAAAGGCUUUGAAACUACGUAAUUUCUGGAAUUUUUUCGACCCAAUUAUAAGGGAUUUGCUAUUAAAUAAGUCGAGAUUCGAGCUAUAACUGAGCAAAGUUAAUUAGUCGAGGAAUUCUGAUAAAGAAACAAAGGAAUUAAAUUGGUUAGAAGUA